AGUCACGCCUAUAUCUUCCGCUUGCCGCUGUUAAAAAGUGUCGUUUACUGGUCAGCUUUCUGUUUGCCCUUAGAGCCUGGGUAUGUAUCUUCCAGUUUCCAAAUCAAUGAAGGUCAAAAAGGGUAGUCGUUACAGAGUCUCCGUACGAUCUUCUGUGCAAUUCACAUACUUUGCAGAUGACGUAAAACCCUAUUUUUUAGUAACCCUCGUCAAAGUUUAUUCUGAUUGUUUCAUCUGAGAUUUUGAAUAACUGGAAGGGCUAAGGAUCUCAUCGAUGGGUGAAGAAGAAGAAGAACCUAAUCUCCCUCCUUCUCCUCAUCGUCCUUCGUCGUCCUCUCAGCCAACCACAAAUGGAGAGGAUGCUCCUCCUUCUCCUCCUCCUCCUCCUCCUCCACCACCACAGCCACGAUUCGAUCCCAGCCGAAUGAUUGGCAUUAUCAAAAGGAAAGCCCUGAUAAAAGAUCUAGCAGCUGUAUACCAUGCGGAAUGUCUUUCUUACUGUCAACAACUUUUGGAGCUCCAAAAGAAACGGGAAGAGGUCCCAUAUUACAAAGCUUAUGUGUGUAUCAACAGGACUACAGUAUAUCAUCAAGAUGUGAUGAUGGGAUUGAUUGCCUUCUCAGUUAGCAUAUCCAUUUGUGGGAAAGAAAGCUUUUGAGGAGGUGAGAAAGGAGACAUUAAGGCCACCCAAACGUCAGAAGAAGAACUCUGAAAGAAGGAAGUAAUAUAUUUUACCUUUUGGAAGGUGGUUAGGAGUAUAUAUAUGGUGCAGCUGUAUUCUGUUGAAUAGUUUGUAUUUGCAAGGAUAAUGCUCUGGCCUGAUAGGGUUCCCUACCUUGCAUUUUUGUGGUUGUAAUUGUAAUUUUGAGAUUGAUGUACUUAAUUAGGUGUGAUGUUCUCUGUCAGAUGUUAUGGCAUGGUAUUUUCUCAAGGCUUAAGAAUUGGAUAGGAAUCAGAGGAAUUGUCUGGAUUUCAUAACCUAUUUUUGAAUUGGUCUUGAAUGCAUUUAGAAUUUUCCAA